AUCGAGGAAAGACGCAAUAAGUCGCUAGUCUCUCCUACACAUUUACUAGUUCACACAAAUUUUUGCUCCUCCGUGGAUCAGUUUGCUGCAAAAUUCAAGCUUAGACUUUCUUUUAAACAUCUAGCCACCUGAAUUUACUUAAACCUAGCGGAAACGUCACAUCACAGAGGAUUAGUGUUGUUGAGUCGAAGAUUUUAACGGCUAGCCUUCAGCUACGAAGAAACAAACAAAACAAAACAAAAAACCAGGAGCGCGAUUUCUUUUGAUUUUUUUCUGACAGACAAGACUCCACUUAUAAACAAAAAAAAAACCUUUUUACCUGCAUAGGCGACGAAAAUGCACAUAUAAUGCUUUAUAGCUGAAAACACGUUUAAUUAACCGUAAACAGUCAAUUUUUUUAAAACAUAUUUUCAAUUUCCUCGCUAAGCUAGCAACUCCAAACAAAGAAAGGGAGCCAGCUUUUGUCACCUCGUCACAUUUGUCAACUUUUCCGCCUCAUUUAACAAUAAACCCCACUUUUUUUUUAGUGUAUCCAGGUAGGAAUAAAACAGAAAUGGCCCAGCAGAGCGGUACUCAGGUUGCCAGUUCUCAGAAAGCUUUAAUGUUGGAGAUGAAGAGUCUACAGGAGGAACCAGUGGAAGGCUUCAAGAUCACUUUAGUGGAUGAAGCUGAUCUCUACAACUGGGAAGUAGCGAUUUUUGGACCCCCAAACACUCAUUAUGAGGGAGGGUAUUUCAAGGCUCGCAUUAAGUUCCCAAUCGAUUACCCCUAUUCCCCUCCCACUUUCAGAUUCCUCACCAAGAUGUGGCACCCCAACAUCUAUGAGAACGGGGACGUGUGUAUCUCCAUUUUGCAUCCUCCAGUAGAUGAUCCACAGAGCGGAGAACUGCCCUCAGAGAGGUGGAACCCAACACAGAAUGUCAGAACUAUCCUGUUGAGUGUCAUCUCUCUCCUGAAUGAACCCAACACAUUUUCUCCAGCUAAUGUGGAUGCCUCUGUCAUGUACCGCAAAUGGAGAGACAGCAAAGGAAAAGACAGGGAAUAUGCAGAGAUCAUUAGGAAGCAGGUCCUGGCCACUAAAGCAGAGGCAGAACGGGACGGCGUUAAAGUUCCCACCACCCUAGCUGAGUACUGCGUUCGCACACGUGCCCCUGCGCCAGAUGAGGGGUCCGAUCUGUUAUACGAUGAUUACUAUGACGAUGAGGACUUGGAGGAUGAGGAUGAAGAUGAUGAGGACUGUUGCUAUGACGAGGAUGACUCGGGAAAUGAGGAAUCAUGACGACUUUCCCAUUGUCGUCUUAAUCAGCAUUAUUUUAAAGGUUGAAACGUUAAGGUAUGCGCCCUGCAUUUACAUUCACUCAGAUGGCCGUUUUCCCCCCUAAUGGGACUAAAAUGAUGAUAUUUAGAUUUGUUUUUGUUUUACAAGCUUUAUGUGUCCUAAUGGCCUUCAGUUUCUCUCCAAUCUUUUUUUGCAUUUUGCUUUCAUACAGCUCUGUGAACGUCUCUUUAAAAAUAAAAAGAAUAAGCGUGAAUGAUUUAAAAGCACAGAUCACACAAAAAUACAACUGUCAUCAUUUACUUACCCUCAUGUAGUUUCAAACCUGUACACCUUUUCUUUUGUGCAAAUUGACAGCCAUAGUCACCAUUAGGGCUAAAACGAAUAGUCGACAUUAUCGACAGCGUCAACAAUAAAAAAAUUGUUGACAAAAAUGUUCAUUAUCGAAUGUCGUUUGAUCUCAUUUAACGUAUCAUGAGAUCACAUCAAACUCUAAUGACGAUGUGCGAGAGCAGCACUGCAGCUCGUGUCUGACUGAGGAGAGGAAGAAUUACACAGCUCACAGUCCAGAUGCACUCUAAACUUCCAAAGAGCUUCAGGUGGUGUAGAUCGCAAAGUAUGAGGGAAUUAUAUGUCCCAAUCUAAGGGGGAGAGACUGAAACUGCACCCAGCUAAGGCACACGGCGUGGGGACGCUCAUUCCUCGAGCGUGCAUGCUUAAUGCAGCUAGAUUAUAACGUGAUGGCUUGCGACUUAUUGAAUCAUAUUAUAUGUCACUGUGCAUUUAUUAUCGUGAAGAAAACUGGCAAUAUGCAGCUUUAUUAAUAAGAGUUUUUUUUUUUUGUGAGUUAAAGAUAGAUUGAAGUGAACAGAAAGGUGAGAGAGGGUAGUCUUCGCCCCAUUAUACACUGCAAAAAAAUGCAUUUUUGAUUUGUUUUGGCUUGUUUUCCAGUAAAAAUCCUUUUAAAAAAGAUGCAUUCACCUGAGAAGCAACAUAUAUUUAGAUUUGCUUAUAGAGAAUAGAACUUGAAUAUAAGUAUAUUUUGUCUUUACUGCACUCGCAGAAGUAUAACCAAGUGAAAAAAUGCACUUAUGUACAAAAUACACAUAUAUUUAAGAUACAUUCUCUUAAAGCAAGUCUAAAUAUCUUAUAUGUUGCUUCUCAAGUUAAUGUAUCUUUUUUUUUUAAGGAUUUUUAGACCAUUUUAAAUGGAAAACAAGACAAAAACACUUGAUAACAAUAGGAUUUGUUGCAGUGAAUUUCUUUACUGAAUUAAAAGUAUUUUUUCCCUUUAAUGCAGUGAAUGUCAUUUAGAGGUAUUUUUAAAAGAUGAUUUUAUCCUCUUUAUUGUUAGUAAGCACAUUUUAUACAACCUUUUAAGUCGGGGCACAAGUUGAAUUAUCGGUUAAGAGCUAAUGAUUAAUCGUUGCAAUAAUCGCCGAAUAGUCGAAUAAUCGUUAGUUGCAGCCCUAGUCAAUAUUUACGUUCAUGCCAUUGUUUUUUCAUACAGUGAAAGUGAAUGGUGACUGAAACUGAACAUUCUACUAAACGUCUCCUUUUGUGUUCCAUGGGAGAAAGAAAGUCUUAUGGGGUUGUAAAAAUAUAAGGGUGAUUUUUGGAUGAACUGUCCCUUUAAGGGUUGAAUAAUUAAUUGAAAAAAGGUAUAUUCUGAAUAAUGCAGAUUAUGUCAGUGAUCUGUGGAAUUGCUUUUGAUCAUCCACACUCACUUUUUUGGCCUACAGCAUGUCUGAACAGUCAAGCAAUAUGAAGCUACUGGAGUCUGGGGUCAAGGUUUUCCAAUUAUAAGCUUUUGGUUCUUCUUAGUAUUUGAGAAUUACAUUGAGUAAGCCCUGCUCAGAAAUAUGAGUAUGGCACAUUGAUAAAUCUUGUGGCUUUGUAAAAAUUGGGGGGGGGGGGGAAGUAUUCUGAAUACUAAAUUCUGCAAUGUGCUUGAAUGCCACACAUUAUUUAACUUACAAUGUCACUUUAAAUUAUUGAAAUUAUGUAUUUAUUAGAUCAUAUAGGACGUUAUCAGAAAAUGUAUUUAAUCAGAGUUAUUCGGGUGGGUUGGUGAGUGGAUGUUUUUCUUUUCUUUUGAGCUGAUUUUAUUUUCUUUAAAAAAUGUUGUUUAGCAAUGCUGAUAUUUUUGUGUUGUCCAAGUUAAUCUUAUUUAAACUGCUGUUUUUUGUUUUUAUAAUAAUAGAGGAUGUAUGUUUAUUCUUUGUCAUCACUAAAGCAUUCAUUCUUUCAUCUGGGAUGUACGGCGACAUAUGUGUUUUUUUGAAUGAUUUUUGUGCAGUUUCUUUUGCAUUAUUGCUCAGUAAAAUUAUGGCACAUCCUGCAUUAUGAUGUCCUAGUCGAAACUUUUCUUUUCGCUGGAGGCUGGUGAAAGCUGGUGUCUUUCUCACUUUGGAAUUUGAAUUUGAGCUCAUACCAACAGGCUUGUAGGAUAAACAAAUCGGAAAAAGAAAAUCCCACCACCAACAACAACAAAAAAAUAUUCUUCUUCACACCUGCAAGCCAUCCAUCUUUAUGAUCUUGUUUUGAGGACUGUUUAAAACCGAAUGCCAAGAGGCUGAUUUGUCCUUUUAUUGACCUCCUAUGUAUUUUUACAGUUUGUUGGCCUAUUUAAAACUGAAUAAAGCUCUUUUAUUAGAA